CUAGGUUAAGUCAAAAAUCGCAAGGCAAUCAGGAUAAAAGCAGAAGCAAACUUGACAGUCACAAAGAGUCCAGUCCACCUUAAAACAGCUCUGCUCGACUGUACAUACACAUUUCCUGAAAACGCCCCGUACAGGUAAAAAAAGGAAAACUCAAGUGACUCUGAAUAAUAAUAAGGCUGCGCUGUUUAACCCAAGAAGGGGGCUGAACACAAGCUGAAUUCUACGCCAAACUUUUCUAAACUUUCUUGUCCUCCUCCUUCACAAAACCAACCAGCAGUAUUCAGCACAUUGCUUCUAUCUCACUCUCACUGCACCGCCGACCAAGGUCAGCGACAGUGACCGCCCACGGGAUCUGUCAACGCGGCACCAAACCUCCGUGGACCCCGGCAACACAUGGGUCUCGCUGGCUGAAAAAACGACGGACCACCGACUGUCACCGUAUGGAUGAAUGAAGCCGCUGUAGCGGUGAAGUGAAUGAACUGAACAAGCGUAAACUUAACUUCAAGUUUGUGAGCGUAAAGCGACGUGACACCAUGUUGGGAAACCCUGGGACUUAUGCUAACAAGAAGAGGAAGAAGCCAGUUCUCAAACAAAAGAAGGUCUCUGAAGGCAAUGAAGUUGUCAAAUCAAACCCUUCAAAGCGCCACCGGGAUCGGCUAAAUGGGGAGCUGGACCGGCUGACAGACCUCCUGCCCUUUGCUGACGAUGUUCGCUCUCGUUUGGACAAACUAUCAGUCCUUCGCCUCAGCGUGGGAUACCUGAGGGUCAAGAGCCACUUCAAAGCAACCAUGAAGAACAGUAACAGCAGUCUGUUGUUUCCUGGAGUCAAUGGGCAGAAUGGGAACAGCAUGGACGCCACAGGCUUCUCUGAAGGGGACCUACUGCUCCAAGCGCUGAAUGGAUUUGUGAUGGUGGUCACAUCAGAGGGAUUGAUGUUCUACGUCUCUCCCACAAUCAAGGACUACCUGGGCUUCCAGCAGUCGGAUGUGGUUCACCAGAGUGUGUUUGAGCUCAUACAUACUGAUGACCGGGCCACGUUCAGAGAGCAGCUCCACUUUGCUCUAAACCCCUCACCUGUUGGCACAGGGGGAGAUGUCUUGCAGAGUUCCAUUAAUACAGUGAUGUACAGUCCUGAGCAGCUUCCCCCUGAGAACUCAUCCUUCCUGGAGAGGAGCUUUGUGUGUCGCUUUCGCUGCCUUCUGGACAACUCCUCUGGCUUUCUGGCUCUGAAGUUCCAGGGACGACUGAAGUACCUUCAUGGCCAAAGUGUCUUGAGGGACAACGGGACAUGUACCCAACCUCAGCUGGCACUGUUUGCCAUCGCGAUGCCUGUCCAGCCUCCAUCCAUUGUGGAGAUCAGGGCUAAAAUGCUCCUCUUUCAAAGCAAGCACAAGCUGGACUUCACACCCAUGGGCAUUGAUAACAGGGGGAAGCUUGUUCUGGGCUAUUCAGAGAUUGAACUGUGCAUGAAAGGGUCCGGCUACCAGUUUAUCCACGCAGCUGAUAUGAUGUACUGCGCUGACAACCACAUCCGCAUGAUUAAAACAGGAGAGAGCGGCCUGACUGUUUUCAGGCUCCUGAGUAAGUCAGGAGGCUGGGUAUGGGUGAAGGCCAACGCCAAGCUGGUCUACAAAGGAGGAAGACCCGAAUUCAUCAUUGCAUAUCAGAGAGCUUUAGCCAACGCUGAGGGUGAGGAGUAUCUACGCCAGAGGAGGCUGCAGCUCCCCUUCAGCUUCACUACAGGAGAGGCCAUCCUUUACAACACAGGUCCCACGGUGGACAUCAAACAGUUUCAGUUCAAUAAAUUGUUUGGCAACAAUGACAUGGACACAGAUGUGGCCCCCGGCUCGUUGCUGGACUGCUUCCUUAGACAGGAUGACUCAGCCUACACCCAGGUAGUGGAGACCCCCUUACCUGUGGAUCAGGUGUUCAUGGACAGCCGGGCCCUGAUCAGCGUUCCCAGUGACACAUGGCAGGAAAAUGGGGCUGCAGCCAUGACAGAGGACCCAGUUGUAGUGAAAGAGGAGGCCAAACAGUCGGUGAUGACUGUGAUUGACAGCCUGGAAGAAAUGGCUCAAAAUGGCAACUUUUGUGCCGCGUUGCAAAAUCUGGAGGUCAGCGAUGCAGAGCUGAUGGAGUUGGAAAAUACUAUCAAGAGAUUAAGUCAGGAGGGUGAUCAGCAGAACAAUGUCAGGUCUGAGCUGGACAGCAUCCUCACCAAUGACAUAUUUGACUACAUUGAUUCUGUUUUGUUCAAGGAGAAGGCAGACGAUUGCCUAAAUGCCAACCCUUCCAGCUGCCUCACAGGAGUCAACAAUAAUCAGCAAGAUCCCUUCACUCAGGCUGCCCGGCUCUCAACCACUGGACUCUGUGAGCAACAGUUGUUUCAGACACCAAGCCCUGAUCGUACCUACUCUCCAAUGAAUGGUCUUUACGCUCACCAGCAGGAUACAGUGAAUGAGCACGUGAAUACAGGGAAAAGUUCAGCAGGGUCUGCUCAGAUAUUCAGCAGCACCCAGAAACUCUCCCACCAAGGUCCCGUGAUUGCUCAAGCUGACACAAGCCUGCCCCCUCUUCAGCAGCUGCAGCUCCAGGACAUUUUCAGCCCAUCGAUAGAGCUCCCUGAGCUCACUGUCCCUGGUGCCUCAACUGAUGCCCCUUUUCAAUCCUGUGGGCAGGCAUCCAUGAGCAAUAUGGGCUUCCAACCAGGUAUUCCUGGCCAGACGCAGUCUAGCCAACGUCUUCUAUGUCCUCAAAACAAUAUGCAAGCUCCUGCAACAGCAGCAAAUGGACAGCUUCUGCAGAGCUCUGUUCAACAACCAAACCAUGUAGCACCCACUGCAAUGGACAUUUUGCCACCCCUGAUUCCUUGCAAUGACUUUAAUUCCUCUAACACACCUAAUAUUCCCGUACCCUUUUCCACAACUUGUCUACAAGGAAGCACACCUUUUGCAGCGCACAACCACCAGGUUCAGCAGUGGCCUCAGAGCCAGCAGCAGAAGCUGCAUCAUCCUGGCAUCAUGCAGAAUGGACAUCAGCCAAUGCCAACAUGCCACAGCCAAAUAUCAGAAAGCCAAACAUUCCCACGUGCUGGCCUUUGGCCAAGGAGUGUCAACAGACUGAACCACACUCAACAGGGAGAGCUGACAUGUGGACAGGCAGCUUCUCAAAGCAGCUGCAUGUUCAGCCAGCAUUUUUCUUCCAGUCCAGCAGGGGGUGACACAGUCGCUCUCUCCAGGUCCUCUUGCCAGAGGGGGGUUGAUGCGUCUCUGGAUCAGAGUCCCCCUCAAGGUUCCUGCUACUUCCAGUGGAGCCACAGUGAGCCUGUGGUGGGCACAUCAGCCAUCAACCAGGAGAACGCCAACAUCAGUCCUCUGACCAUUCCGCCCAACAUGUCCUCCUUGGAGCACGCACUCAACAUUCAGCACUACCUGGAAUGCCGUAGACAGACACAGCAGGAUGAAAGAGUCUCAGCUGAACACAAUGGAAUUUUUGCCACUCCUGCUCGUGAUGUAGCCAUGUACCUGUCAGAGUAGAGCCAAGCUGUGUUGUUGUUGCAACAAAUCCAGGAGAAGGACAAAACACAGUAUAAUUUGCCUGUAUCAGUGCUUAUCCACGGACUCUCAUGCUUAACUUUAUGUUAUUGUCAUAUGUUUUGUAUCAGUGUGUCACAUAUAUACUUUGUCCAAUCUGUAAUGUUUAAAAGCUGUAGCUUGUCAGUUUUUAGUGAAGAUACACUAUAAUAAUAAUGAAGUAUAAAAGCCACAAGUGCGUUUACCAGGAUAGAGCUUGAGCCAGCUAGGAGGAUUGGUCAAGUGAAUCCAAAUAGCCAAAGAAAUAUGUUUUUAUAAGGGAAACCAGACAUUGUCACUUCCCUGUAUUCAGCGAGGGACAUUCAUUUGUUGCUCAAACUUAAAUACAUAGAAAUAGCAGAAAACUGAACGUGACAAUUUUCUAACAUAAUCAUUCUCAACUUUUAUACUGACCAAGUGGAGACUUUUUCUAAAAGAAGUUGUCUUCACCUAAAAAUACAUCAGUGUAAAGAAUCACUGAAAGUGAUAGCUACCUAAAGACACAGCUGUACCUUCAAGUUGAUAUUAUUACAGAUAAAAUAUUCUGUAUAUUUUAAAUGAAACCCUUAAAUGCGGUUAAAUUAAGUGUAUAAAUAUAAUGUGUAAUUUGCUGUUGUUUGUUUCACCAGAAGGUCUGCUUUGGCUGACAAAAAUCUCAUAUGUACAGAAUGCAUUAGCGUGUGAUACAUGUGUUUGUCUGUGUGCAGUAUAGAGGUGCUUUUAUAGAGAAUGCCUUCAGUUGCAGGGCGUGAAAUGCAGUGUUGCACCGACAAACUGAUAUUUUCCUGCAGUGUAGUGAGGUUAUUUCAUCAACUGCGCCAGACUGGUAUCUUGGUAACUAGCUGUGCUCCACAGUGGGAGAAGAGGCGCAGUAGAGGGUGUGGCAAUGUUAGUCCAAUAGCACUGCAGUCUGACAGGCGUUGCCUUUGCCCCAGUUUACCCCGAUGUUUUGAAGGGACACACCAGGAGAGGAUUGCUUUGAACAGAUGGUCCUGAGGGAGUUAUUAGCGGAGAGAGAAUUCUUAAUUGAUCCACAAUUUUACAUGGGACUGUGUGAAUUGUUCUCAUUGUGUCCAUAUCAUGCACAUUUUUUGCAUUAGAAACUGUCCAGAGCAAUUCAUCAUGGCCGACUAAUUUGAGUACGGAGAUCUCUGUGCUUUUUUUUGCAACAGUCUUUCCAAUUAGAGACUGCAUAUAAACCGAUAGCGGCCACCUUCAGAUGGCUGUAAAGAGAGUCAUCAGAGUAAAGGAAAAGCUGUCAGUAUAGGAUGCCAGCUGUUGUGAAUGACAGAUGCUGGAAAUGAAUCAUGAAUCAUAAUCAUGAAUCUUUAAAUAAUGCCAUAAUCGGACCAAAACUGUUUUUUUAAGUGCACUGAGCUUUCAACCUGCUCUGAGCAGGCGGGCAGCGAAUCGUGUGAAAUGCACUCAUUCUUGGCACCAAUGUUGCAGUUUGCUACUGGAUUGGCAUCACCACACCCUAACCAAACUGGAAAUAUCCUCAGUGAAGCCCUGGAAAAUGUCAGUUCACCAUUGCAGAGCUGCGUUCUGCGCAGUGCAACUACACCAAAAAGAGCCCCGAUAGUUAAAAUGUAAGAAAUAAAAAAAGUAGUCUUUAAACAGAGGAAAUCACAAUCAGGGAAAAUGGUUUGGUUGUCACCAAACUACCCAUCUGAGGGUCUGAUUUACUCAGCCUGCUGCUAUCAGGGAUUAAAUAGCCACAUAAUUUCAAUUUCAGUUAAGUAUUUCCUAAUACAGAAAAUAAGCAUUGCUGCAAUUGAGGUUGUUUGAAUGCACUGCUGCUAAUAAAAUCCUGUGCUUGUGGGCUAUUUCAGCCCAUCAAAAAUCAUAUAACUCUUCUUCAACAUACCAUGCCCCAUUUCCCUAAAUAGUUUUGCCCUCAUUAAGGUAGCACCACCCAAAGACCUGCAACCUGUUUAAUUUUGACAGAUGUGCAUUGAAACUCACACUGGUCUGCACCUCGCUGUGUGUGCAUUAUCAAAAUUAGACAUAUUUCACAACUGAGAUCAUGCACUCAUCUCAACAAAACACUCAGUGAUUGCAUUGAAGAAGUUCCAAUAACUAGAGUAUUGCUUGAGUUAUAGAAGAAGCCUGCAUGAUCUCCCAUUGUUCAAUGUCAAAAAACAAACAAACACUGAUGUGGUUUUAGAGAUGCUAAUUCUCUUUCAAAAGUACCAACUGACGAUAGCUGUGUCCCAUUUCUUGCUUCCUUUGGAUGACAGUAAGAAUUGACUAUGAGUGAUGGACACUUCGACCCUGAUAUGAUGUACUAUAGUUGAAAUGCAACCUUUAAAGGAGCAGGGCUUAAAUUGGGAUGCAGCAGAUGAAAACCAGCCUCCGCAGAGAAACACCUGCUUCUAACAGACCUUCAGUCACAGUCACAGGUGAAUCUGCAGCAGCUGUCAUCCAAAUAGAUUUCUGUUCCAUCCUUCAAUAUUUUAUGAUCCUACAUCGGAACACCUUAAAUAUAUAUAUUGCUUAUUGCCAUAACCCAAAGUUAAAUGAUAUGAUACACCCAUACUGAGCCAUAUACAGUAUAACCCAGUACAUUUUUUUGUGCCUUCUUGCUGAAUAGGCAGCUCCAUAUAAAUAUAUCCGUGCCUUCUCAUAUAAAGCAUCUUAAGACAAUUUUUCUCAAUACUUUUUUGCUGCACUAAUUUAAGGGAAGCCAUGUCUAUAGGAAAUGUCCUUAAAUUAAUAAGGUUUUAUUCUUUAGUGCAUUUCAACGCAGGAAUUCCUUUAAGUCCAUUCUCCGUUGCACAAACGUCCUCAACAAUGGAAACAAGGGAAAACACUUCAGUCGUGACUUAUUUCUAUAAGGAGAUUGUGAGGUUUCUUUCAUCGACAAGCAGAAUGAAAAUGUACGUAGUAGAGUGUUUGAAUCAAGAACGUGAAGAUUUGAACUAUGUUCAGAUCAUAUUAACUUUGCUGUAUCUGUUUCCUGUUUGUCCUCUUCAGAGUAUUUUAGCUCCUUUUCAUCUUGAUUUUCACCAGAUGUUUUUUUUUUUUAUAUAAUAUCCACACUACAAGGAUAACAUAAAGGUUCUGGAUUAAGCAAGCAAGAACAGCAUUAACAUGGCAGCUUUACCGUAUUCCUGCUGCACUGUGGGAAAUCAUUCAGUAUUUUACCUUUCCCUGGGAAUCAAUUGUGUGUGUAUCUGGAAAAAUCAUUUAGUAAAUGUUUCUUACCAUCUUAAAUGGAAUCAUAAAGAGAAAAACUUAAAGGUUUUAGGGCACAGAUCCUUGGCUGCGUCCUAGUCGGUCAUUGGUCUUUGUUGUAUUGAAACAGCAGCGAUGGAAACCUCACUCUCUCUCCUGUAGAGGAUCUCUCAGCGUGAAACAGACUGUGGAGGCUAAGGACAGCCUAUAAAUUGCCUGUGAUGUUGGACUUUGAUACAGACAUGUCCACUAUUAAAAAAAAAAAAAACCUGGAGCCAAAUGUUUUAUUCACAGCGGUGUUGAUGUUUUAAGCUAACAUGUGCCUUGACAUUUACCAUAAUUCUGUGCUUUGUUAAAGAAAAAAAAGGAAAGAGAAAAAAAGAAAUUCACAACUAUUCAGUUUCAUGUAAUCCACUUUUAUUUAGCCAAGCAGUUAUAAUGUCUAUAUCAUGAUAUAUAUGUUAAACAAAUAACCACCCUUUGUCUACUGUUAAAUGCUUUUUCAUAAAUAUAUGUGUGCAAUCAUUAAAA